GCUGUGGACGCUAUGGGAUUGUCCGCAGUGCUACGAUCAGUGCUUUGCUUUAUAGUUUGUUUCCUAUCCUGCCGUCUUAACUGUAGUGAAGGCUACCAGCGGAGGUGUCUUUUUUCAGUGUUGCCUCCUAACGAGUGCAAAACUCAGUCAGACCCCAACAUGGGAGGGGUGUCUGGUGGUGUCAGUCGUUUCGAGGGACUUUUACAAGUUAAGGUUAUAUCUUGCUCUGUAUUUCUUACGUUGGCUAUUUUUUAACACAAACUUACUGAGACGAGAACGCAUCAGAAUACCUUUAUAUGAAGAUAAAUGUCGAGCGUGUACAACGAUGAUGGGACAGUUGUGGUGGAUCGAUGGCCAAUGACAGGAUGGAUAUCAUCUUCUUUAUCGCUACUGUCUUUCAUUUCUUCAUUUGUGUUUAUGGUGAGGCAGGACCAAAUGCCGUCGAUGUGAAUACGCUACAGAGCUCAGGUCCUUUGUCCUGCUCUGAGAGCUUCACUGAGUUGGGUUAUUAUAACGGAUCGGUGUCUCAGACGGAUUCCGGCUCUCCCUGUCUUAAGUGGACUGAGUUUCCAGAUUACAUACUGCAGUAUCCUGACCAUGGGCUGGGAGAGCACAGCUACUGUAGAAACCCUGACCGUGAAUCCAACCCCUGGUGCUUUUUCAGGCAGAGAUCUGGAGCCAUUGGGUGGGCCUACUGCGACUGUCACCAGGGUGCGGCUCGGUUGGUUGGAGGUUCGACUAAUAAGAAUGGCCGUGUCGAGGUGUACCUGAAUGGCCAUUGGGGAGCGGUGUGUGACACCCACCUGACUGACCGAGAUGCCAGUGUCAUCUGCAGACAGCUGAGACUGGGUGAAAUCGGGACCGCACUUCGACAUUCCUACUUUGGACCUGGUUCCGGUCUUUUCCACUUUGAACGUCUUAGCUGCCAUGGCAAUGAAAACUCUCUGCUGGAGUGCCGAAGCAGGAAAUAUGUCUCUGGCGACUGUAACCAUGGCAAUGAGGCUGGGGUGGUAUGUGCUGUACCUCAGGGCAAUGGUGCCCCCCUGAGGCUCGUGGGAGGGCUUGAGGAUUUCGAGGGGCGUGUGGAGUUGUACCAUAACGGGAGAUGGGGUACUAUCUGUGAUGACGAAUGGGAUGAUAUUGAUGCCGAAGUGGUCUGCAGGCAACUCGGAUUGGGUGGUGUACCAAAAGCAUGGACAUGGGCUCACUUUGGAAAGGGAACUGGGCCUAUCUUACUGGAUGGGGUACAGUGCACAGGAAAUGAGCUUUCUCUUGAGGAAUGUCCUCAUGCGCCCUGGGGCCGACACAACUGUGACCACAUGGAGGAUGCUGCAGUGUCAUGCAACCCAUAUACAGAUGGAGUUUUACGCUUGGUGGGAUCUGACAGCCCAUGGGAAGGACGACUUGAGGUGUAUCAUGCUGGAGAAUGGGGCACAGUUUGUGACGACAACUGGACCCCGCGUAACGCACAAGUGGUGUGUCGACAACUCGGUUACAGAGGGCGUGCGGAGUUGGCUCCAGAUGGGAUGUAUGGACAGGGUACAGGGUUGAUCCUCCUGGAUGAGGUGAAAUGUGAAGGGGGAGAAAAUUCACUGCUAGAAUGUGCCCAUAGUGAGUGGGGUCAGCAUGACUGCUCUCAUAGUGAGGACGUGGGCAUACACUGUGAAAGGGAAGGACAUAACAAUGAAAUUCCUGAAGUUGCUGUUGCCACAGGUCCUCUGGUGAGACUGGUGGAUGGUGAGAGCCGUAUGGAGGGCCGUGUAGAGGUGUUCAUUAACGGCCAGUGGGGUAGCGUGUGUGAUGAUGGAUGGAAUGACAUCAAUGCAGGAGUCGUCUGCAGACAGCUAGGAUUCACAGGGGUCUCCAAGGCCCGUUCCAUGGCUUAUUUCGGUGAGGGUCAGGGACCCAUUCAUCUGGACAAUGUGAAGUGUGUUGGGACAGAGGCUUCAUUGGGGGAGUGUUCAGCUGUGGGCUCAGACGCUCAUGACUGCAGGCACAGUGAGGAUGCAGGAGUCAUCUGUGACUACAUAACUGAACCCGUGAAAGACGGUGUGAUGGGAAAACAAGAGUGUGGUGUGAGACCUAACACACAGAGGCGCAGAAGGAGGAUUAUAGGAGGAGACAAAUCUCUACGGGGGGACUGGCCGUGGCAAGUAUCUCUGUGGCUAAAGUCUCAAUCAAAAGGCACUCAUCCGCUUUGUGGGGCAACUCUCCUCAAUUCCUGUUGGGUUAUUACAGCCGCCCAUUGCUUCAAGAGGUUUGGUUCUGACCCCUCCCGUUAUGUGUUAAGACUCGGUGACUACCACACAGAGGAGAGGGAUGAUUUUGAGCGCACUCUCUCUCCCGAGCAAAUAGUGAUUCACAGGAAGUACCACAGCCAGGGCUGGGAGUAUGAUAUUGCUUUACUGAAGUUAAAGGGUACACAUGAAAGCUGUGUAGCUUUUAACCCACAUACUAAUGCAGUAUGCCUACCGAGUCAAAACAACAAGAAGGGCAGAAGGCCUAUAGCCUGUGUUAUCACUGGCUGGGGCAUUACAGACUCUGAGUAUUCCCGAACCCUCCUACAGGCCUGGGUUCCUUUACUGCCUUCCUGGAAGUGUAAAAAACGUUAUGGCAGUCGCUUCACCAGCCGCAUGUUAUGUGCCGGCAGCUUGUCAAACCAUCGGCGUGUAGACAGUUGUCAGGGUGACAGCGGAGGGCCACUGGUGUGCCAGGGAGAGGGUGGCCACUGGAUGCUUACAGGAAUCAUCUCCUGGGGUCAUGGUUGUGGGGACCCCACCUAUCCCGGUGUAUACACACGGGUCAGCAGAUUUCUUAAGUGGAUUGAGAAAGUCACUCAUAGCCCUGCCAAAGUUUAACAUAAUGCCUUUGAAAGGUUUGUUAGCUGGUUUGAUCCAAUUUUAAGUGUUGCACAUUUACUACUUGCACCAUGCCAUGUCAAUUCCGUUUUUCUAUAUUUGAAGAAACAUUCAUGAAAAUGCACAGGAAUGUGAAGCCACAGAUCUUAGAAGUGGGUUAUAUGAUGUGAAUAAGUGUUCUUCUGGAUUGGAAGGUCUUCGAUGGAUACGCCUUUGUAAAUAAGUCAAUUUGCACUAGUUUGCAUGUCAUAUAUGAGGAACAUUUGUGGGAGUUAUUUGAGUUUUUGGUUCAGGUUCUCAAAUUAAAUAACAUAUUGCACUUAAACAUUCACACUUACUGGUGUACACUUGCAGUAUAAAUUUAAUUCAUGAACAUUCCACAUGUAUAAGUUAUUAAUGUAUGCUGGCGAUAGGCAUGUCAAGGGUUUUUAUUUAUUUACAGCAUAUUGCUCCUACACAAGCUCUUACCUAAGAGAUUAUAUGUAUGAUAAUAUCAGUAAUGAAGUGAUAAACAGUUGACGAGGCAGUGCACUGCACAACAGGGUAAAAGUUGCAGUCUCAACAGAAAGCAGUAAAGUUGACUUGCCUAUUGAUCAUGCUCAUUAAAAAUAAAGGUUCCAAAAAUUGUAUUCUGGCUGUUUGGCUCCAUAAAAACCUUCAACAUCCACAAAACAUUUCUGUUGCACAAAGGGUCCUUUGUAAAGCUGCAUGAUAUUGAAAAAAUAAUGCAAUAUGCGUUAAUUUCCCAAAAAAGUGCUUUAGGUUUGUACAAUUAAUUUGAAUAAUGCUUUAAGUUUAAAAUUAAUUUGUACAUUAAAAUACAAUUAUAAACUGAAAUUCUAUCCAACAAAAUUAUACCAAACAUAUGUUUCAGAUUAUUUUUAAUUGUUGAUUAUCUUCCACACAUCAGAGCAUGCACAUGUGCCCUUGCACAAACAUGCAGGCACUAACAUGGUUCCUUUAUGGCAUCACUUUUGGAACAUUUAUUUUUAAAAGUGUGACCAAUGUCUGAAUUUAAACUACCCAGUCCUGCCAAGGAAAAAAUUUAAUUGGGAGGAGGGAAGUGAUUUAAGAUCUAGAUUAAAUUUGCUGUUGAGUGUGAGAUGUAAUCUGUUACCAUCUGUUAGUCACUCGAUUACGUUGUUAAGCUACAAGGUGCUUGAGUAAUGUAUAUUAUGUUUUUUCCUUUCUCUCAGAAUGUUUUUUGCAAUGUUUCUGCUGCUUUCUGUAGCCAAGUUGCUAUUCAGGUUUAUGGUUGUGGUAUUUAUUUAAGAAUAUAUAGGCUUACACAUGUAGUUUUUUUAAUUGAAAUGAGGUACAACAGCAGUGUAGUCGGCUGUUUUAUUUCAGUUUGUGUUAAAGGUGCAGUGUGUAAAUUUUAGCGACAUCUAGUGGUGAGGUUGCAAAUUGCAACCAACGGUGCAGUCCACUGCUCACCCCGCACUCUUGAAACUCACAGAGAAGCUACGGUAGCCGCCACCAGAAAAACAUGUAAUUGUCGGAGACAACUUAGUAAAAAAGUUUGUCCGUUAAGGGCUUCUGUAGAAACAUGGUGGCACAAAAUGGCGACUUCCAUGUAAGGGGACCCUCUUGUAUGUAGAUAAAAACGUCUCAUUCUAAGGUGAUAAAAACAUAAUGGGUUCAUUAUAAAAAGGUCUUUAUACACCCCUGAUAAUAUAGUUUUGUAUAUUAUUUUGCAUUUCUGUCAAGAGAUCUUUCUAAAAAUUACACACUGCACCUUUAAGAAUUUCUGAAAUUAAGACAAAGCAAUGACGAAAAGUGAAAUGAUGUAAAUUAUUUUAUUGUUACAUAAAACCAUGUUGCUAAACAAGUCAUUGAAAUCAAUGGCAUACAAAGUAUUGUUAAGAUGCUUGUGUGACUGUACUUUUAACAUGUGAAGGUUGUGAGCAGUCAUGCUGAUUUAAUGCUUUUAGCAAAAUUGUGAAUAGUCAAAAAUGUUUAGACACCGAAUUAUCUCUAUAACAUAACAUAUACUGAUUACCUGACAUUAUUGAUGGUUCAUGUAUUGGAAAUUAUGAUGUGGAAGCAAAAAUGAAUGCAUAGUAUCAUGUUAAAGCAUCAAAAUAUUAAUCAUUUGUCUCCAACAUUGUGUUUGUAUUGCAUUUUCACAAUUUGUGUUAAUUGGCCACACUAGCUUGAAACAUGUAAUAAAAAUUUGAA